AUGACUGGCAGCACGGGAUCCGAAGUGGAAGAUGCCAGUUCCCAGGACCAUCUCGUUCUUGGUCGAGAGAUUCGCGAUGCCGACGCAGUUUGGCGCGGGAAUCUCAUGCAGAUGAGGCACUCCGAAGAUUUCCAGACGCAGGAGCUUUACCAUUUCACCGAUGCCCACCUCCGCACUCUCGGAGUCAGCGUUCCAGAGGUGGAGGAGUUCGCUGCCUGGCAGGCAGAAGCUCUCGAGGCCAUGGGCCAGCGUCGGCCGCUCCCAGCGCCGCAGGCGCUGCCCGGCUCGGAGAAGGCCACGCACCUCCGGGGUCUCUUAGACUCCUUCCGCCUGGGGAAAACCCAGACGCUUUCCAUGGACCUUACCGGGCCAGAGGCCCUGGAAGCCUCCGUUGCAGACGAGGAGCUCUCGGUACUGCAGCGCGAGCACUCGGCACUGAUUGACAUGGGCAAAGACUACGGAACCUUCGAUUCUGCUGGGAAGCAGAUCUUCAUCGAUCAGAUCGAGCAGAUCGAGGAGCGCUGGCGCGUGUACCUGGGCCGUUUGCGCCUGAUGGGUGAAGCAGACCCGCCGUUUGUGCAGAGCAUUCGCCCCCUGCUGCAGCGCUUGGGCUUGGCGGCUUCAGAGGCAACCGCGGUACUGAGAUCUGCACACCAGCAACUUCGGGUGAACGCCGACACCCGGAGCGGUAGUGGCUGA